GUGAAUCUUCCACUUUUAUAUUUCAUUCAAUAACGCUUUUUUCUAAUUCAUAAUCAUAAUUCAAUUUCUUUUUUGUUUUCUGAGAGAAAGAAAGAGAAAGAAGGGAGAUCUUGUUGUGUAAAUAAGAAAACCCUAGUUUUUUCUUUUUUCGGUUAUUUUCAUAAUUUUUCAGAUUAAUUCACCUUCAAUCUCAAUCUGCUACUGUUACCAAUAACCAUUGCUUCAAUCCAACAAGAGUGAAGAUUUUGUGGAGAAGUGUGUAUUUUUUGGAAGGACGUAAAGAUGAUGUCCAGAUCGUAUACAAACCUUUUAGAUUUGGCUUCUGGGAAUUUCCCAGCAAUGGGAUCAGGAUCGGGGAGGGAGUUUAAAGAACGAAGGCGGAUGCCGAGGGUUAUGAGUGUCCCGGGGAUUGUCUCAGAGGUGGAUGAUGAUCAGGCAGUAAGUGUUUCUUCGGAUAAUCCGUCAACUAUUACUACUGAUCGAAUCAUCAUUGUAGCAAAUCAGCUACCUUUGAAAGCUAAUAAAAGAGAGGACAACAAAGGGUGGAAUUUUAGUUGGAAUGAGGAUUCUUUGCUAUUACAGCUUAAGGAUGGAUUUCCAGAAGAGAUGGAAGUUUUGUAUGUUGGGUCUUUGCGCGUUGACAUUGAUCCUGCUGAACAAGAUGAUGUAUCGCAGUAUUUGCUGGAGAAGUUCAAAUGCGUCCCCACUUUUCUGCCUCCUGAUGUUUUGGCAAACUUUUACGACGGCUUCUGCAAAAGGCAGUUAUGGCCACUUUUUCAUUACAAGUUACCGUUUUCAACUGAUAAAAGCCACCGCUUUGAUCGCCAUUUGUGGGAAGCCUAUGUUCUGGCAAACAAGCUGUUCUUUCAGAAGGUAGUAGAAAUAAUAAACCCGGAGGAUGAUUAUAUUUGGGUUCAUGAUUACCAUUUGAUGGUGCUGCCAACUUUUCUAAGAAGGCGUUUUAACAGGGUUAAAAUGGGAUUUUUCUUGCAUAGCCCCUUUCCAUCAUCGGAGAUAUAUAGGACUCUUCCUGUCAGGGAGGAGAUACUUAAAGCUUUACUAAAUUCUGAUAUCAUUGGAUUCCAUACUUUCGAUUAUGCUCGUCAUUUUCUUUCCUGCUGCAGUCGUAUGUUGGGUCUAGAGUAUCAGUCAAAGAGGGGUUAUCUAGGAUUGGAAUAUUACGGGAGGACUAUCAGUAUUAAGAUCAUGCCUGUUGGGAUUCACAUGGGUCGGAUUGAAUCUGUUAUGAGGAUGUCGGAUGAGGAGUGUAAAGCAAGGGAGCUCAAACAGCAAUUUGAAGGAAAAACCAUUUUGCUUGGUAUUGACGAUAUGGACAUUUUUAAAGGUAUAAAUUUGAAGAUUCUGGCUAUGGAGCAGAUGCUGAAACAACACCCCAAAUGGCAAGGAAGAGCUGUUUUAGUCCAGAUAGUUAACCCUGCUAGAGGUAAAGGGAUACACGUAGAUGAAAUCCAUUCUGAAAUAGAAGAAAGUUGCAGCAGGAUCAACAGAGUGUUUGGACGGCCUGGUUAUGAACCUAUUGUUUUUAUUGACAGAUCGGUUCCAAUUACUGAAAAAGUUGCCUAUUACAGCCUUGCUGAGUGUGUUAUUGUCACAGCUGUAAGGGAUGGGAUGAACCUAACUCCUUAUGAAUAUAUUGUUUGUAGACAGGGAAUAUCUGGUCCUGAAUCAAGUUCCAAUGCGAAUAGCCCAAAGAAGAGCAUGCUUGUAAUAUCAGAAUUUAUUGGGUGUUCUCCAUCGCUAAGUGGGGCUAUCCGUGUCAAUCCAUGGAAUGUUGAAGCAACUGCGGAGGCAAUGAAUGAAGCCAUUUCAAUGAGUGAUGGAGAGAAGCAGUUGCGGCAUGAAAAGCAUUAUCGGUAUGUCAGCACUCAUGACGUGGCUUACUGGUCACGUAGUUUCUUGCAAGACAUGGAGAGGGCUUGCACGGACCUUCUUAGAAAAAGAUGUUGGGGAAUAGGUCUUAGCUUUGGAUUUAGAGUUGUGGCUCUUGACCCUAACUUUAAAAAGCUCUCCAUUGAUGCUAUGGUUUCAGCUUACAAGAGGGCAAGGAGUAGGGCCAUUUUGUUGGACUAUGAUGGUACUGUGAUGCCACAAAACUCCAUUAACAAGAGUCCAAGCAAAGAGGUCAUCUCUCUUUUGGAAAGUCUCUGUGCAGACCCCAAAAAUGUUGUUUUCAUUGUUAGUGGACGGGGUAGGGAUAGCUUAAGUGAAUGGUUUACUCCCUGUAAAAAACUUGGAAUUGCUGCAGAACAUGGGUAUUUCUUGAGGUGGUCCAAGGACGGUGAAUGGGAAACUUGUGGUAACUGCUCUGAUUUUGGAUGGAUGCAGAUUGCUGAACCUGUUAUGAAACUAUAUACAGAGGCAACUGACGGUUCCAGCAUUGAACGAAAAGAAAGUGCUUUGGUUUGGCAAUACAGGGAUGCCGACCUUGGUUUUGGAUCAUCUCAGGCUAAGGAAAUGUUAGAUCAUCUAGAAAGUGUUUUGGCCAAUGAGCCUGUUGCUGCAAAGAGUGGUCAGUUUAUCGUUGAAGUGAAGCCCCAGGAUGUGAGCAAAGGCUUAGUUGCGGAUAAGAUAUUUUCGUCAAUGACCGAAAGUGACAAACAGGCUGACUUUGUCCUGUGUGUUGGUGAUGACAGAUCAGAUGAGGACAUGUUUGAAAUAGUUAGUAGUGCAAUCUCAAGGAAUAUUCUUUCCUCCAAUGCUUCUGUAUUUGCUUGCACGGUUGGACAAAAGCCAAGUAAAGCAAAGUAUUAUCUAGAUGAUACGUCUGAAGUAAUAAAUAUGCUAGAAUCUUUGGCUGAAGAAUCAGAUUCUUCACCAUGCAUAGAAGAAUCUGGGGAUUCCUCUUGAAUCCAAACGUGACUGAGGUUUCUCCUUAUUUAGGUGAUGUUUUUUCUUUUUUUUUUUCCUUUCUAAAUUUGAAAUGUAAUAUUCUUUGCGACAAUUGGGGCGUUUGCAGAAUGUUUUCAUAAAUUUUCCUUUUCAUUUUCUUUGUUUAUCCUUUUUCAGUUA